GAACUGGAAACAGCAUAAUUCUUAAACACUUCUUCUUCUCGUCUCUCUCGUUUCUCAUUAGGUCUCUCGCUAAAUUAUUCAGACUCGCUAUCGUCGUCAUCUUCGCGAAACACAGUCGGAAAAAAUGUUGACGGCAGAUAUCCCACCGAAUCAGUCAAUCUACAUCAAAAACCUCAACGAAAAGAUCAAGAAAGAAGAAUUGAAGAGAUCUCUUUACUGUUUGUUCUCUCAGUUUGGGAGGAUUCUUGAUGUUGUUGCUCUAAAGACUCCAAAGCUCCGGGGACAAGCUUGGGUUGCAUUUAGUGAAGUCACUGCUGCUAGUAAUGCGGUUCGUCAGAUGCAGAAUUUCCCCUUCUAUGAUAAGCCAAUGCGCAUACAAUACGCAAAAUCAAAGUCAGAUUGUAUUACUAAAGCUGAUGGAACUUUCGUUUCAAGAGAUAAGAAGAGGAAGCAAGAAGAAAAAGUUGAAAGAAAGCGUGAAGAAACCCAAGGACCAAACAUGGCUAAUGGCCCAACUUCCCAGAACGGAGCAGCCCCUGCGCCUCCGUUCCAGCCGAGCGGGCAAGAAGCGAUGCCACCAAACAACAUACUCUUCAUUCAGAAUCUUCCACACGAGACAACAAGCGUGAUGCUUCAGCUUCUCUUCGCACAGUACCCGGGAUUCAAAGAGAUAAGAAUGAUCGACGCAAAGCCAGGGAUUGCGUUUGUGGAAUACGAAGACGAUGUUCAAUCUUCCAUGGCUAUGCAAGCUCUUCAGGGUUUCAAGAUCACUCCCCAGAAUCCAAUGAUCAUCUCUUUUGCCAAGAAAUAAGAACAGAGAAGGAAACACUGUUUUGUAUUUUUGUUUGUCUUUAAAAGAUUAUGAUGAUGAGACUGUACCUGGUGUGUAUAACCGCCGGUUUGACGCUUUUGGUUCAAUUGAUCCCGGUUUGGUUAACGACA